GCUGGGUCCCAGGCCAUGUAGGUAUAAGAGGAAAUGAAGAAGCUGAUGCAGCUGCAAAGUCAGCUAGUCCUUCACAGCAUACAAUGUGUAUUGAAGGAGGCGAUUUGAAGCUAGUCAUUAAGAAACGACUAGUGGCAAGAUGGCAAAAUAUGUGGAAUGCACAAAUCCACAAUAAACUACAUGAGAUCAAACCUAUGAUAGAAAAUUGGACACAUAAGAAACCUUACGACAGGAGAUCUGAGGUUAUUUUUACUCGUCUGAGGAUUGGACAUACUCGGUUGACUCAUCAAUACCUUUUGAAGGGUGAAGAGCAACCAGUAUGCCAGUAUUGCAACUGCUUACUAAGUGUUAAACACAUACUGCUCAACUGCUCUGCCUUUGAGAUCAGUCGUAGACAGCAUUUUGGAAAUGCAACUUUCAAAGAUAUUCUGGGCCAGAGACCAAAUCAUUAUAAUGUAUUGGACUUUUUAAAAGUCAUUAAUUUGUAUAAAGAAAUUUAAUUAAUCAAUUAUUUAUUUAUAUAUUUAUUUCAUUUUUGCAUGUUGUUUUUCGUUUGUACUUAAUAUGUGUAUAUUUAUUUUCGUUGUUGUUGUUUAUUUAUUUAUUUAUUAUGCUUAAAAUUUUUUUAACCAUUUGCCUUGGCGCAGCAUGGCCUAUACGGCUCUUGUGCCAAAAAACAAAAACCAACCAACCAACCUUGUUAUUUAUGAAAUAUUAAUAAAAUUUUAUUUUACUUAUAUUAUUUGGAAUAUAUUUAUUUCAGAUUUAUUAUUUUAUUUUGAAAUCAAUAUUUACACAUCUCGAAGCAUUAAAAAAUAAACAGUUUCUGAUAAUGAUAACUAUGACAGUAUAGCCAAAUUAGUGAAAUCAGCAUUGAAAAUCCUGUUUCCAUGAGAGAGAGAGGGUCAGUUUUAUGCCGUGCACUUUCUCCUGAUAGAGCAUCAGUGUUGGAAAGAAUGCUUAAUUCACUUUUAAUUGUUAAGGAGGGACUAAACAUGUAUGACCAAAACCCACACCUUGUAACCCACACAAAGGACAUGUAUGACUCAAAACCCACACAAAGGACAACUGAAAUUAGCUCCCUUAGUGCAUAGAAAUUAUUAAGAACAAUUGGAAAACAAAAAGAAGUUAAAAGAAUAAGAAAUGGAAAAAAGAGCACAGAAACAUUUUGAAGAACAACAAAAGAAAGCUGUUCGUAACAUGAAGAUUAUGGAACUGCAGCUGAGUUUAAAUCAGAAAAAUGUAGAUGAUGAAAUAUCAUACAUGUGACAGGCCAAGUUUUGUUAGAAGCAGCAAACAAAAAAACUGGAGAAAGCUAUUAACAGCAAGAACACGAAUGAAGUACAGUACAAGCAGCACGUGUUAUGCUUAUUUGUGUUAAGUGUUCAAAAACAAGAGGAAGUGAAAAAGGAAUUUGAAAACAUCCAGAAUAAUCUUAAUAAAAGAACAUCAUGUUUCAUGACUGAUUAUUUACAGAAGCCAGACUUUUCAAGCAUUCAUGGUUUACUGGAAAUACAGUAGCCACUUGUUUUUGGGAGACAGAAAAAAAAAAACAUGAUAUACAACUGAGUAAUAAAAAUUCUGGGCUUUUACUAAACAGAUUAUACAUGCUAUGGGAUCUAUAUUCUUUUAUCAGCAAGUGUUUCUGUUAUAAAAUAAGCUUAGUUUUUCAAUCAUGAAUUUUAUUUGUGGUUAUAUUGAAUUAAUUGACGUUUACGUAAACAUUGAUACCAUGAACGCCCAUUUAGCAUUAUCGUUUCUUUAACAAUGACAUUGAAAGACAAAUACUGUUGAUAUAAAAACAAAAUAUCAAUUGUGAUUUUAUUAUACAGUACUAUAUAAAUCGCUUAUUAGAAAUUCGUGUAGUUCAUAUUUUUCAAUAAAAAUUGUAAAUGCUGUAAUUGAAAAUUUUAAAAAAUAAAUAUUUAAUACAUAAUAGAACAUCAAAACUUAUGAAAUUACAGAAAUUCAGAAUUAAAGAAAUCUUUUCUUUACAUAUUAUGUGGUGAAUUUCAAAUUUCACACCUUUAUGUGAAUUUAUAUAACUCAAUACUGUUAAUUCACAUAAAGGUGUGAAAUUUCAAAUUCACAAAAACUUGUAAAUGAGGAGACAAUACUUAAAAACUAAUAAAUAAACAAUUUUUAUUUGAAAAGGAAACAAAUGAUAAUCAUCUAUCCACCUGUUUUGCAUAUUUGACAAAUUUAUUGUUUCAUCUUCAGUGGUAGUCUCAAGGACAAUAGUAGAAAUAAAAUACUGUAUUUCAUUGCAAAUAGAAAUUCAGUGGCAAUUAGUAAUUUAAAAUUUAUUGAUUCAAAUGCUUUUAAAAUUUUGGGAACCAAAAAUGCAUGAUAUAACGAGUUGCCACUGUAUUACAGUAUAUACAGAAAGUUUUAAAAUGUGUUUAACCAUAACAGAAUAAAAAGAAAAUAACAAUUUUUACUGCUAUUUUGCUGAGUUUUAACUCUGUUUUCUCACUAUUGCACUCACUUUUUCUGUAUUUCAACUCACUUUUCUCACUUUUUCAGAGGGGAAAUAACACUCCAAGGCCUGUAAUACACAUCCUUGUCUAACUGCUUUUUCUAUCUAACAUGGUGCUGUUUCUAUGUCGUCCACUUUAACUGUGGCAGUCUGGUCCCAGUUUAGGUUGCUGAUCAGUUUGUAGUCAUUUGUGUCUAGAUUGACUUUCUUUAACGUUUCCAUUAAAAGGGGGUGUUGUACUUUGUCAAAAGCUUUUUCAUGAUCAAUGAAGCCAAUGUACAAGUUCCUGUGCAUUUCUAUGGCUCUUUCUGAUAAAAUUCUCACAGCAAACAGUGUAUCAAUAGUGCCCAUUCCAGUCUAAACCCAAAUUGCAAUGGUCCUAUCUGAGCCUCCAUUUUGUUUCUUAUUUGGUAUCCUAUAAUUUUUAGUAAGAGCUGUAGGCUAUGGCUCAUUGUACUUAUGGUUCAGAAUUGGUCACACUACUUGGCAUUGUACUUCUUUGGAAUUGGGAUUGCUAUGUAUUGCAGCGCCAUCUCUGGCAAUUUUUAAAUGUAUAUAGUUGGUAGCACACCUGCGCACCACGUUCAGUUCUGUACCGUUCCUUGUUCAAUAAAGACAUGCUUGUUACUUGUUCAUAAGAAUCCAUCUCCAUCCUUCUUAAUCUAAUUCCGACGUCUAUACAUACCAAUUCUGGCGAUGAGGUGGGUUAAAGAUAGUCUAUUUCUUUAAUUUUAUUCAAGAAUACUAGCAUUUAUUUUUUUUCUCGGUGAAGUCAACACGUGGCUACCUUCAACUAGACUUUGAACCUUCAACCUGUAAGUUACCGAAUUGCUUAUUAUCAUUGUUUUCUUUCCUUUAUUCGAAAUGGCAAAUGCGAUUAACAUUAAUCCAUAUAACGUAAAUAGUGAUUGGGAUGAAUAUGUGGAACAAUUGGAAGAAUUCUUUAUAGCGUCUAAUAUCACAGAUGAUAGAAAAAUGGUGGCUACUCUUCUUAGUCAAAUUGGACCGGUGGCUUGUAAAUUGUUAAGAAAUUUUUGUCAACCUGAUAAACCUUCUUCGAAGACAUUUUCUGACUUAAAAAGUAUAAUGAGAUCUCAUAAAAAUAAAUCAGUCAGUAUAAUUUCCGAGAGAGCGAACUUUACUCGCUGGGUACAGAAAGAAAGAGAAUUAAUUAAUGAUUUUAUAGUUGGGUUAAAAUCGUUAAGCGAAAAGUGUGAUUUUGGAGAUUCCCUUGCAUCACGUUUAAGAGAUCGAUUCGUGUCGGGCUUGUACGACCCUAGGGUUCAUUCAAAUCUAUUUGUUAAAAAUGAGUCAGAAUUAGACCUCCAGAAAGCAAUCAAUUAUGCUAUUGCUAUGGAACAAGCUCUGAUUGAUGCAGGUCAUUUCAAUAAAUUGCCACUCGAAAACGAUUGUUUUAAAAUUUUUUCCACAAAGUUCUCUAACAGAAAAAAGGAGUUUAGUGAGAAUAGUUCUAGAGAUAAAACUAAGUUCGAAACAAAGAAAUCUUGUGGAAGCAAAGAUCAUUCCCAUGAGAAUUGUAGAUUUAGAACAUUUACCUGUAAUAAAUGUGGCAUACCUGGUCAUAUUGCAAGGGUUUGUGGAAAAACUAAACAUCCUUAUGUGAGCAUACACCAACUAUCUUGUGCCGAUAAAGAUUUGAAUGAUUAUUCAGAGAUAGAUAAUUCAACUUAUUUCAAUCUUUUUAAUAUUCAAGAUGCCUCCACACCAGUUCCACCUAUUACAUAUUCUCACUCUAUCUAUUAAUAAGAAGAACAUUAGUUUUGAAGUUGAUACUGGCUCCCCACUUUCCAUCAUUUCUGAAUUCACUUUCAACAGAGACUUAUCAUCCUUUUUAAAAAAUUGUAUAAAUACAAAACGACAUAUUCACAAAGGUAAAAACCUUGCUUCUGUCUAUCUUUACGCCGUUUCUACACCAUCAGCAAUCCUUAAAAGCAAUUCACAAGUUUCCGAGACGACCUUCCUUUUUAGGCUACUGUUUCGGCAAAAAAUGUAAAUACAGGUAAAGCAUCCUCUGGUGUUUAUUAGCCAUUUUUCACAAUAUCACAUUUUAAGUAAAAAUAGUAAAAUAAUCUAUCUUUUUUACCUUUGUGAAUAUGUCGUUUUGUAUUUAUACAAUUUUUUAAAAAUGUAAUUAAUGCCGGCCAUAGUUUAUUUUAUCAUCCUUUUCUUUACAUGAGUCUAAACAUUUUCUUUGCACAUAUGGAAAUUUCAAGUUGAAUGUAUUAGGAUUUAUUAUAGUACCAGUUCUUUACAAUCGUUCUCGCCAUAAACUUCGCCUUUAUGUGGUUGGUCAUGGUAAUGCUAAUCUCAUUGGAAGAGACUGGAUUUGAGAGUUAAAGCUCUCAAAUCCAGUCUCUUGUAAAAUCAAUAGUAUUACUCCCAGAUUUCACAUACAAACUCUAAUCUGCUUACUCUAUUAGACAAAUAUUCUUCUGUAUUUUCUGAAGGCAUCGGAUGUUCUAAAUCAAUAUUCCUUCAUUUAACCUUAAAACCAGAUGCAUCCUAUUUUUCUGAAACCAAAGACAGUUCCUUUUUCCUCAGGGAUAAAAUUGAAGCAGAGUUAUCUAGGUUAGAAAAGGCUGGAGUAAUUUCUAAGAUAUCCAACAGUGCUUGGUCCACACCUAUAAUUCCAGUAGUUAAAAAUGAUGGUAAUUUUAAGAUAGCUGGACUUUUCAAUCUAACCUUGAAUAAAAUGUUACAAAUAGAUGUCCAUCCAAUACCUCGUUUGGAAGAAAUCUCUAUGAAACUACUUGGAGGUGAGAAGUUCUCUACCUUUGACUUAAGUGAUGCCUAUAACCAAUUCCAAUUGGAUACGAAAGUAAAAAUUUAGUGGUUAUCAACACUCAUCUUGGAUUGUAUAAGUUCAAUCGUCUUUUAUAUGGUUUUGCAUCUGCCCCUGCUUUAUUUCAAAGAGCUAUGGAAAAAUUAUUCUUUACAAUUCCGAAAACGCAACCAUAUUUUGAUGACUUGGUUACUUCUGGUACAAAUCAUUCAGACCAUUUGAGUAAUAUUGAAAGGAUCCUAUCCAUUUGUGAAACAGAAGGAAUCAAACUAAACAAACGAAAGUGCAAAUUCUUACAAGAUUCUGUAAAAUUCUUAGGAUUUGAGAUUUCAAAACAAGGAAUUGCUCCUUUAUCCUCAAAACUGGAUCCUAUAUUAAAAGCUCAUAAGCCUUGUAAUGUUCAUUCUUUACGCUCAUUCCUACGGUAUGUUGAACUGUUAUUCUAAAUUUGUACCUAAACUGUCUACUUUCCUACACCCUCUUUACAAACUCUUACGUAAAGGAUGUUCUUGGGUCUGGACAAAAGAACACGAAUCUGCUUUUCAAAGUGCAAAAAACUCAUUACAGAUGCUUCUCAAUUUGGUGUCGGUGCUGUUCUUUUCCAUAUUAUUGACAAUGUAAAAUGUCCUAUUUCAUUUGCUAAUGCUUUAUUUUUGCCUGCUCAACAUCGAUAUUCUCAGACAGAGAAAGAGGCACUAUAUAUUAUUUUUGGUAUUAAGAAAUUUAGACAAUAUCUUCUUGGUUGCCAUUUUAUCCUAGAAACAGACCAUAAGCCCUUACUUGCAAUUUUCGGUGAUAAAAGAGGACAGAAUGAGAUUGUAGCUGCUAGAGUACAAAGAUGGAGCAUCAUACUGAAUGAUUAUAAUUAUACAAUUAAGUACAUCUCUUCCGCAACUAAUAUCAUAGUUGAUGGCCUUUCCAGAAAUACUACUAAUGAUCUAUUCAUAGAAGAUUUUAGUAACUCAAUUAAGUUCAUUAUUUAAUUUGCAAUUUGACUCCCUUUCUUUUACCAAUAGUGCUUUUAUACAAGCAUUUCGUACAGAUAAACUUUUCAAUGUUUUGUGUAAGUGCAUCAGGAAUAAUUGGCAUCAGAUAAAUACAGCUGUUAAGCCAUUUCUUAAAUUCAAGGAUUCCCUUUCUCUAGAAGGAAACUUAAUAUUUA